UAUAAAAUAAAUGAAGAUGGUGAUGUGAUAUGUUAUACAAAUAUAUAUUUAUAAAAUUUAUGAAGUCCAUAAAAGAAUUUUUAGAUUUUUGCAUAUAUGAUGAAGAUGUUAUAUAUGUAUUUUUCAUAUUUGGUGUAAAAAAUCAAGCGGUUGUGGUAGUAGUAUACAUAUAAAGCAAAGCCCACCUCUUAUCUAAUCCUUAAAAAUCCUCCAAAAGAUUUGUUUUGAUUAUUUUAUUUUAUUUUAGAAACUUUGUCUUUUUUUCCUUCCUCUGCGCUGUCUUCUUAAAAAAACUAUUUUUUUUUCUUUCUCUAUUAGUAAUUUUGCUUUCUCCACAAUUCAAAGCUAAAUUAGUUUUAUUCAUUUUUCCCUCUCUCUUUUGCAAAGAUUUGGUAGAAAAAAAAAAAAAGAGUUAUAAUCAGAGAUCUUGUUUUAAGUGCAAACUCUUUUAUUUCUCUUCCUCACCUAAGCUUCAGCAUCGUAAAUUAAAGAUUAAAAUCGCAUCAAAUCCCAGAGAAAAAAAAAAAUUGAUUCUUUUUAGUGAAGAACAAAAAAAAAAGUCGAAGACUUUACAUCUGGGUUCAUCGAUUUGAGAUUUGAUCUUCUUUGAGAUUUCUUUUUCUAUCUUCAAGUUUUGCAAUGGGUAUGGCAGCAGAAUCGCAGUUUCAUGUUUUAGCUGUUGAUGAUAGUUUAUUUGAUCGGAAAUAUAUAGAGAGAUUGCUUCAGAAGUCUUCGUGUCAAGUAACUACUGUUGAUUCUGGCUCAAAGGCUUUGGAGUUUCUGGGUUUAAGACAAGGUAUUGAUAGUAACGACCCAAAUGCGCUUUCUAAGUCUCCGGUUACUCACCAGGUAGUUGAAGUGAAUCUUAUAAUUACAGAUUAUUGUAUGCCUGGCAUGACUGGUUAUGAUUUGCUCAAGAAAGUCAAGGAAUCAUCAGCUUUUAGAGACAUACCAGUAGUUAUCAUGUCCUCUGAGAACGUUCCUGCAAGAAUCAGCAGAUGUUUAGAAGAAGGAGCUGAAGAGUUUUUCUUGAAACCAGUAAGAUUGGCUGAUCUUAACAAGUUGAAACCUCAUAUGAUGAAAACAAAGUUGAAGAACCAGAAGCUGGAGGAGAUUGAGAAAACUUCAAAAGUCGAAAACGGAAUUGUAGCAGCAGCAGUUGAACCAGAGAUUAAAGAUUCAACAAAAGUUGUAAUUGAAAUCCUGCCUCUGCAACAAGAUCUGCUAUUAGUAGAACAAGAGGAGCAACCAUCGAGUACCAACAACAAGAGGAAGUCAGUGGAAGAAGGGAUCUCAACAGAUAGAGCACGUCCUAGAUUCGACGGUAUCGCAACCACUGUCUGAUCUACCGCAAUGAUGCUUCUUUUUCCGGUUUCUGAUUUAGAGUUUUGUAGAUUUUCGUAGGAAUGCUUCUACUGGUACAAUACAUGGUUUCAGUAGGGAAUGCAGAGAGGGCAUAUAAUGAUAUGAUGUAUGGGGAUAAUGUUUAUAAGUACAUCAGUAAAUCUUACAUGGUGAAUAAUCCAAUUCCCAGUUUUGUUUCACUC